AUGGCUCAAGAAACAGCUUUAUUCGGAGAAUGGGUGCCACCUAAACUUACGAUUCCAUACUUGUUGAGGUCACCAGAUAUGGCUGCCAUGCACCAAGACACAUCAGAGGAUUUCGAAGUGGUGGAUGAGAAACUGAAGGAAAUCUUCGAGAUAAACUAUUCAACUCCAAUGGCGAGAGAAAUAGUUAGAGAAGUGUGCGAUGUCGUAGCAGAACGUGGAGCUCGACUUGUGGGAGCCGGCAUUGUGGGAAUUGUUAAAAAGCUUGGAAGAAUUGCAAACAAGAAGAGUGUUGUUACAAUUGAAGGUGGACUUUACGAACAUUAUAGAGUAUUCAGAAACUAUCUGCAUAGCAGUGUAUGGGAAGUGAUGGGAAAUGACCUUUCGGACAAUGUGAUUAUUGAAAAUUGUCAUGGUGGAUCUGGGGCAGACUACGAGGGAGUCCGAUCGCAAAGGGAACUCAGCAAGUUGAAAUCGGCCUCAAUAAUGGAUUUCUCAGCAGCCUCAUGCUUCUCUGAAAUGGUAAUGGAUAAUUCAAUUUUUGAGGACCAAAUUGAUUUCCUGGACACGUUUGAUGAAGAAUUGAAUGCUCUUCUUGGAGAAGAUUUAUCCCCAGGAAACAACUCAUCUUCUUCAUUAAAUCUGAUUCCAAGUAACAGCUCAAUCUCAAGCUUGUGCACUUCCCCGGGCUUAGAACCACCUCAAGUUUCCGUUGAACCACCACCCAAACAGAAAAAGCCUAACAAUUAUUAUGACUAUUGCUUGCCUAAUUUUGAACCGGCUGCUUCUACCACUCCGAUCAUUCUCAAUUUCAGCAACUCGAAUUCUCCUACAAGAAGUCCUCAGCAAUAUAACCCAAGUUCCUUGAAUCCAGAAGAAAAGGCAGCAGUUUCUGAAGCUUUGAGAAACCCUGAAGAGGCUAUAAAAACCGCACAAACUACAAAGAAAAAUGGUCGUGUUAGGCCGCCAUCUCAAACCUAUGAUCACAUAAUUGCAGAAAGGAAGCGUCGGGAGCUGCUCAGCCAACGAUUUGUUGCUCUUUCAGCCUUAGUUCCUGGCCUCAAGAAGGUGGAUAAAACUUCUGUAUUGGGAGAUGCUAUUAAGUAUGUAAAACAACUUCAAGAGCGUGUGAAGGCGUUUGAGGAACAAGCAGCAAAACAAACUGUGGAAUCUGUGGUGCUCGUUAAGAAAUCAAAGCUCUUAGUGGAAGAUGAGGGAUCUUCCGACGAGAAUAACAGCUCCGAGAUGCCAGAAAUCGAAGCUAAAGUUUGCAACAACCACACUCUUCUUAGAAUCCACUGUGAGAAGCACAAAGGUAUUCUGUCCAAAAUACUUGCCGAGGUAGAGAGCCUCCAUCUCUCAAUUGUCAAUGUGAAUGCUACAUCCUUUGGAAGUUUUUCUCUUGAUAUUACCAUUAAUGCAGAGAUGGAGAAAGAAUCCAGCUUGUCGCUGAAAGAAGUCGUGAGGGCUCUUCGUUUGGCUCUCCAACCUGCGGUAUAG